CCCCUCUCGCGUGCGUGCGGUGCAGCCGUCUAUUUGUCUAUCGCUCGUGCAGCACCUCCACCUUCGUUCCAAAUGAAGGGCUUCGAAGGGUUUUUCUCCCCGCUUCUAACGCUCCCGACGGACACGAACACCGCACGUCGACCAUGGGAGAGAAUCAACACGAACCUAGGCGACAGCGGUGACCCUACCGGUUCGUCAGAAUCGCCAGCAUCGUCAUCGCAUCUGUCUCAGUUACACCCUGAACUUGCUCCUGUCUCCACGUCGUCGUUCGACUCUAUUCCGAGUCCAGUGAAAGAGAACAAUCCCGAGAACAACCGCGAGCUCAGGCGACGCCUCACGGCGGCAGCAAUGGCGGCAGCGUCACAACGACUUCCACGGCGAGCACCAAAGCACGACGAGUACGACAACGACCACCGUGAAAAUCGCAGAAGCAGACCGGCUCGGACGUGCUUGUGUCGACUCUGCACCGGGUUAUCAGUCUUGGCCUUGGUAGGCAUCGUUCUCGUAACCCAGUUGGUCAUACAUUUCAAGAGCGGCGGCAUACCAGAACAGGUUGAUGAUGUCGUGCGACCGACCUGUGUUGGCGGAACGAGGGCGGUCGACAUCGCGUCUUCUGAACCAGAUCCAAAACACCUAGAAGCCCCUUCGUCCAUUGCGGGUGUACAGACCGGCCUAGGAGACGAAGACGAAGGGCAGGGAGAAUCUGCACCGGCGUUGCCCAAGGGCAAACCGCCGAUUUGGAAGACAACGUCAGUACACGUGCCGAAGGCCACCCAUGACCCCGUCCCCCAUAAGGACAAGCCGGGAGAAGCAGAGGAAGCAGCAGCAGCAGCAGCAGCGGCGGCGGCGGCGGCAGCAACAGCAGCAGCUGCAGACGACGAAGAUUCGUGUUGGAUAUUCAUGCAUAUGGACAAGAGCGGCGCUUCAGGGGCUCGGCGUGUCGCCACGGAGCGUUGGCGGAAGGAUGAGCUCGUGUUCGACACUGUCCAGUGGCGCCGGGGUGACGGCUUUGCGGCGGACGUCAUGGCUUCUCACUGGAAACUUCUGCACGGAGGCUGCGUGGAGAGCCUUCGGAACCACAAGGAACGGUCGUGUAAGUGGCUCACCAUCUUCAGGCACCCGAUCGCGCGUCUUUUAUCCGCGUAUCACCAUUGCCUGGAGGCCCCCAAGGACCCCGUUUGCCCACCCACCGAAUCGACGGGGUUGGUAGUAUUUGCGGAACUCUGGGGUAACUUUGCCAUGAGGCAAUUCGCGCUGGAGUCCGUAUCACCGUCCGCAGUGAAGGAAUGGGCAGCGCAAAGGCAAGCACGAACGGGUACGUCCAUGUGGUACCUCGUCAAGGAGUACCUGGCUCGGGGAGGGAUAGCUGAAGACGAGGUGCUCGAGAGCAUGCUGGAGCCUGUGAAGGGGCUGCUUAGCACGCAGUACGCUGCUGUCGGCAUAGCCCAGGAGCUGGAAACGACGAUGGUUCUGUUUAGCAAGGCGCUAUCUAUGGAAGGUCUGGACUGGUCGUCCUCGUGGGCGACACUCGGCAUCAAUGAGGAAGUCAAACAAGAUUCAGAGUACGACAUCGCUGAAUCCGAACCAUUUCGCCAGGCUCUGGAGAAUCCUAGAAUUGUUUCUGCCCUACGGUUGGAUAUGUCUCUCUACGAGCAUGCCAUGCACGUGUUCAAGGAUCAAGUUGCCCAAUUUGGAAUUGAGUAAGAAUGACUGGCUACUGUAGGCCGUAGGUUCGAUACCAACGUUGGAGCACCUACGCUACCGGCCGCAUUCAGAUUUUUAGUGCUGUACCUGGAAGGGCUUAGACCUGUACAGGGAGGGGCGGUGCAUGACUCCAUCCAUAUUUUAGUAGCCGCAAAAGUUGUCUUGUUUUGAAUGUCUUGUCUUGCUUGCGAACGUCCUUAGCCCGCAUGCAUGCAUUCGGGAUUUGUUUCAUGCACACACUUCACGCUGUUGUGUGUCAAGAGAUGCACAGCACAUGCCACACCUACGAUAACAUAUGUAUGCAAGGUAGAGUGGCAUCACCCCUCUACAGUAGUAGCGAUUUUUUUGUUUGUUGGGUAUUGCGCUUUGCGGUGGUAUUUGCGAAGUGUUGGAGAUCAAUUGAAUCCUGUCAUUUUGACGCUUUUCUCAUUGUGAUUAUUAUUUAUAUGUGGGUUAUUUUAUUUUGGAGUAUUUGCGAACCGGGUGCUAAAGGCAGGGCUCGAGCGGUUGUAAAACGUGUUUUGUUGUGUUUAGGGAAUACCAACGCGUCCCGUGGCACUCGCCCGCCACAUUGGAUAUCUGUUGUGAGGACGGAUACCCGCCUCUUCCCACAGCAUGCUUGAUAGAUCCCCGAUUUUCUUUCGUUUCCUCAGCCUUUCUGUUUGCACAGUUGAGAUAGUGUACGUGGGCUCCUUCUCUCCCGAGUCUGUAGCCGCCUUGUUCUUCUGCUUGGGGCACCCUGCUCUGUAGCUUCCUUAAGCAUGUGUUUGGUCUUCUGGUCAUAAUUUCGACCUCUGGCCGAUCCUUUGGGGUGCUUUGAUGUCAGCGUCGGAGCUGCAGCGCCCCUUCCAGUGUUGUCCCAUUUUGCGGGCCAUACACUGUGUGUCUUGGGGAUUCUUUGUUGGAGCGCACAGUCUUCAAGCAUGUGUGGCGUGUUGGAUCUGUUGUUCCGACUUCUCGCACAAUCAAUUCUGAAUUAUUAUUAGUGUUUGAUUGCAGAACGCGCCACCACGUAGGCACCCCUUAUUUUGGGUGAGGCUCGACGCUUGUUGGCACAUAUUCCUAUGGUCCACGUUCUUAUU